AUGAACCUCAGCAGCUGCAACAUCUCACAGUACGAGAGCUUCCCCCUCGUCCAGCUGUGUGUUUACAUCCCAGUUUUCCUUCUGGGCGUUUUGCUGAACACGUUGGCACUGUGGGUGUUCUGCUGCAAGCUUGGGAAAUGGACAGAAACCAGAGUGUACAUGGUCAACUUGGCUGUGGCCGACUGCUUGCUGCUCUUCACUUUACCUUUAAAAACUUUAUUCCAGUUCCAUCACCUGAGGGUGAGUAGCUGGUGCCUGGUUCUGGAAGGUGGCUAUUUCAUAAACCGCUUAAUGAGCAUCGCUAUCAUCACUCUCAUGGCAGCCGAUAGGUUCCUUGCAAUCAAGUACCCUUUGAAAGCCAAGGUGCUGAGGUCACCACUGAAGGCAGGAUUUGCCUCAGGAUUUCUCUGGAUAGUCAUCAUCUGUGUGACAGCCCUCAUCAAAAGGCUAGAGGACCGAGGACAAGAUGAAUUCUGCUUUGAAAAGUCUUCCGCUAAGCCCUCGGUGAUCACACUGUGUGCUGUUAUUGUAGGGUUUCUCAUACCCUUGCUCAUCGUCAGCUACUGCUCCAUACAAGUCAUUGCAGAGCUCACAAGAAAGAAGGAUGAAAACUGUGAGAGGGAAAAGUUAAUCAGGAAGGCUGUCUACAUCGUGUCUGCAAACAUGGCAGUGUUCAUCAUAUGCUUUUUACCUCUUUACCUCGGGCACCUCCUUCGCUUUGUGAUGGACUCCAUCAGCUCCAACUGCUCUGCCAUACAGAGGGUUAAUAACUUUGUUCACCUUGCCUCAGUCCUUGCAAACACCAACUGCUGCCUGGAUGCUAUUUUUUACUACUUUGUCAACAAGGAAUUUAAGGAAGCAUCUCCCAAGCUGGUGAAAUCCAAAUCUGAGGCCAACGAAGAAGCUGACAUUCAGCUCCCAUGUGUAGCACAUUAG